CGACUAAAGUCCCAGUUUGAAGACCAUCGGGGCAAGAUGUUCAUUCUAGACUAUUUCGGCUCGGACGAGCCUCAUGCAAACUUGGGAGUGCCGCUAAAGCGACACCUUACAGCCUUUCCGAUUACGGCGGAGCACCAGCGGACAUUUCUGGGGUAUCAAGUGGAUCCUAAACGAAACAAGAUACCUUUGAGUAAACCGGCGACAAAGCGACGGCAAGGAGUCAUCUGGGGUAAGACAAAGGACAAGCUCUUCGGAAACAGAAGACUCAUCCUAGCCCUCGCCGACAUGGUAGAGCUUCAUUCAACCGUAGCGCCUGAGGACGCGUUCAUCAUGCAUGACAACAUCGUGUACCACGGCUAUCUCCCCCAAGACGAGUGGAAUCAGUUGCUACAGGAGUCAAAGUUCAUCAUCGGCCUAGGCAACCCGCUGUUGGGCCCAUCCGCCGUGGAUGCCGUGACAGCUGGGUGCGCCUACCUUAACCCUAUUUUCUUCAGGCCCGAGAAGAAGAUCUACAACUCCCAACACCCAUUCCUGGCACAACGCGUCGGAGAGCCAUACGUGUGCUCCUUCGAACAGCAUGUAAGGCCUCGAGGCUACCGCUGA